AUGCUGGUGAAGCUAUGGGCUAUAGCUCAAGAAAGACUGUCCGUGCCAUUCCAAUCUUUUGACGACGCAUCGAGCGACAAGUUCCGUUCACCACUAUUCCUGGGCACAUGUCAGAGUGCUCUCAGUGCCGUGUCGGCGUUCCUAUAUUUAUUUGUUCGCCAACCGUCCUCGCAACCAAUGAGGCAGAUGCUGGGUCUCGAGCAGCGACAGCCUGCUAAAGCAAUAAACGGCGAUGCGAAGACAAACGGGCACUCACAUGGCCAUCAUCACUCUUCUCAUCACAGGGCAGAUGAACGGUUUUCUACAAAAUCCCUUCUGCUUCAAUACCUGCAAUGCUCUGUGUUCAUCACAUCUGCUGCGCCGUUCGGUUUCGCCGCCCUGUCCUACAUCACAUACCCUACAAUGGUCCUGGGGAAAUCAUGCAAGCUUGUGCCGGUCAUGAUCAUGAACGUCCUCCUGUAUCGCCGCCGCUUCGCGCCAUACAAAUACCUUGUCGUUGGGCUGGUGACGCUGGGCAUUACCAUGUUCAUGGGCUUCGGGCACGAGAAGCCGGGCAAGGCCAAAGCGAACGGGAACGGCGGACUGUCAGCAUAUACCCAACUCAUUGGCAUAACAUAUCUUCUCAUCAAUCUUGCCAUAGAUGGUGCGACAAACUCGACGCAGGAUGAGAUCUUCGCGCGCUAUCGUGUCACGGGCCAGCAGAUGAUGUUCUGGAUCAACCUCUUCUGCACCGUCCUCACCUCGAUCAUCUCAGUCUUGCCUCUGCCGUACAUUCCUGUACUGCAUCCAUCGGAAAGUGGGACUGAGCUUCACAACGCGCUCGAAUUCAUCCGGACACACCCGUCUGUGAUCAUGCCGCUCGCGCAGUUCGCGCUCACCGGCGCGCUCGGACAGCUCUUUAUCUUCGAGACCUUGCAACAUUUCGGCUCGUUGACUUUGGUGACUAUCACGUUAACGCGCAAAUUGUUCACAAUGCUUCUCUCCGUAGUCGUAUACAAUCACACAUUAACACCUGGUCAAUGGCUGGGAGCCUCGGUCGUCUUCGCGGGUAUCUCUGUUGAGGCAUGGGUCAAACGGAAAGAUGUCCACGCGAAACGAGUGAUUCAGGAGAAGGAGAAGGCUAAGCUGAAGUCGUUGUGA